AUGUGUGGUCAUACAGAUCAAUCAGUACGUGAACGUUGUUCUGCUAUUAUCAAACGAGUUAGAACCCAAACGGAAACUUGUGAUGAAUUAUCAUUAGAGAAAAAAGAAGCUAUUAUUCAACCAUCAAAACGCCGAUUUUCAUUUAAAGAAAUUGAUUCUAUAAAAACAGCUCGUACGAAAAGUUUUAUUAACUGGCCUCAUUCUACUCCUAGCCGUGAGUCAAUGGCAUCGAACGGAUGGUUUUCUUGCAAUAUAAAUGAUCGAGUUAUUUGUAUAUAUUGUAAUACUAUUUGUCAACGUUGGACAUCUAAUGAUGAUCCACAAGAAGUUCAUCAAAGACUUGCACCUCAAUGUGCAUUUGUUCUAUCAUUAUCAUUAUCAUCAAAACCUAAACCUUUAGUAAUGGAUCAAAAUGUUGGUGAACCCUUUAAACCACAUCAUGCAUCUAUGUGCGAGAUAUCUCGUCGAUUACAAACAUUUAAUAAUCCUUCUUGGACACAAAGUUCUCCAACUGCUGAUGAUUUAGCGCAAGCAGGAUUCUUUUAUUCUGGCAGUGAAAAUACAGUAACUUGUUUUUAUUGUAAUGGAUCAUUACAUAAAUGGAGUGCAAAAGAUAGUCCAAAAAUAGAACAUUGCCGAUGGUUUCCCAAUUGUAUAUAUGCUAGACAUUUCUGUGGAGAUCCUCUUUAUUUUCGAAUUCAAAUGAAAAAAAGUCAACUUACAAAAAAGAAUGAUGAGAUUGAUCAAAAUACUCUUGUUCGUCUUGUUAAUGCAAGACUUGAUCUACCUAGAGUACAACAACUUCGUACACAAUAUGAUUUGACAAUUAUUCGACGAGUUUUGGAAGAUCAAUUAAAAAAUAAUCAUAAUGAUUCUGAAUCAGAUAACGAUCUAGCGAUGUCUUGUUUUAUUCUUAAAAAACAAAUUGAUACUUUGCAGGGUAAUCCAGAGAGAAUAAUAAUUCCUUCAAAAAAUCAAAUGUCAAUGAGUACGUCUAAUGCUUCAAGUAGAAAAUCUGAUGAAUGUCUAAUAUGUCUUACGGAAGAAAGACAAAUUGCUUGUAUGCCUUGUGGACAUUUCUGUGCUUGUGUAUCAUGUGGAUAUAGUCUUCGUUCAUGUCCGGUAUGCCGAGAAAAUAUUCAGUCAUUUGUUCGCAUUUAUUGUUAA